AUGGAUUUUCAAUUAGAAAAGUUAUCAGCUGAUCUUAUAGACGAGGACUUUGCCAAAGUUUUUUACGGUUUACACUUUCAACAAGGCAUAAUGGGGCGGUUGAAUGUGAAUAUCAAAUACGGUUUUGCAACCGCCCCGCCGAAAUUAUACUUUUUUUAUGCAAUCGCAAUUUGGACGACGGCCAUUUUGUCCUUAAUCGGUGGAUCACUACAAUGUGAAAUGGCGGAAAAUUCCAUAUUAAUUAACUUUUAUUUUAAAAUUGGCCACGUCCUUAAUGUUUUCCUAGUGAUGAAAUCCGUUGUAAGAGAUAUGCUUCAAGGAAAUUCAGGCAGCGAGUUUUACGUAAAAUUACAAAAAAUUGACCGGGAUUUAGAUUAUAAGGACGGUAAAGAAAUUAAUACAAAUCUUGCAAAGCUUGAUGUAUAUCUUACUAUUUGCCGCAUUACAGGCGCGGUUAUUUUUGUUACGGUAUUCAAUGUUUACUGCUUCAAAAGUUUCUGCCCUUUCGCCAUUUUUGCUUUGUGGCCUGAGUUAUCGAACAUCUCUGAUACGGUCGUGGUCACUUUUGUCAUUUAUUUUGUAUCAAUUCGGGUUAGUUAUAUUAACAAGACACUAGAAGCUAUUAAAGACAAAAACCGAAAUGAGAUGAAAUCGUGUGGAACGAUUUUGUUAUGCGUGCGAUCUUGUUCUUCGGAUGAAAUAAUAUGGAAUCGAUUGUUAAAUGGUAUGAAGAGUAUUUCAACAGUAAUGGCAGACUUUAUAGAUCUUUUCCAGUAUCAGAUAUUUUCGUAUACGUGCCAAUUGAUGAUAUGGAUAAUGAUAACUAUUCAAUGUAGUAUAUUAACGAUUAAAAAUCAAAAUGGCAGUCUUAUUAAACCCAUAUCUCAAGUCGAUCUCUACGCGGUAUCGUACCGUAACGCAAAAUUGCUUGGCGGCAUGUCUUUAUCGGUAAGGUAG